CCAAGCGUCCAGCUACCCGGGCUGCGGCGCGGCGGACGGUGGACGGCGGCGCCAUGUACCUCCGCAGGGCGGUCUCCAAGACCCUGGCGCUGCCUCUGAGGGCGCCCCCCAGCCCGGCGCCGCUCGGGAAGGACGCAUCUCUUCGCCGGAUGUCAUCUAACAAAUUCCCUGGAUCAUCUGGAUCAAAUACGAUUUAUUAUCUACUUGUAGGUGUCACAGUCAGUGCUGGCGGAUAUUAUACGUACAAGACAAUAACAUCAGAGCAAGCCAAACACAUGGAACAUAUAACAAAUUUGAAAGAAAAAACAAAAGCAGAGUUACAUCCACUUCAAGGUGAUAAAGAACAUAUUGCAGAAGCUGAGAAAGCAAGUCCAGAAGCUCCUGAAGUAUCUGUAGUGGAAGCUGAGGUGAUAGAUGCUGAAGAAAUUCCAGAUGCUACAGUUGCGGCCCUAACAGAGGCUUCAGCCUGUCCAGGUGGUGUGGAGGCUGCUCCAGAGACAGCAGCGAUUGGUGAUGAAACUGCACCAGAGGUUCCAGAGGCCGUCAUGGGUGAAACCACAGAAGUGAGUGCUGGAACAACCCCAGAGGUUAUAGAUCCAACUCUGGGUGAAGCUGUUGCCAUCGAUAAUGACAAAGGUACAACAGAGAACAAAAGCUCUGAUGAAUGUGCUGAACUAGAAGAAGAAAAUUCUCCAACUGAGUCACAACCCUCUGCUGAGGAUGAUUUACUGGCAGAAGCCAGUGUUGAUGCUGAGGCUGUCUCGUCUCAAGGCUAAUCUCAGGCUGGUAGACAAGUCAGCAAAAAAUACCAUAGAGUGUCUGAUAGGUGCUUUUGUGUUUCUAGUAAUCUUAGUUUUUAAAAAGACUUCUGUUUUAGAAAGCUUUAAUAUGCCUUGAAGGUUUUUGGUCUCUACUGAUAGAUUUAAGAUUGAGAGAUUUGAAAUUGUGUAUGUCUUAAUGGUUUUCUAAUCUCUGAGAUCAGAAUAUGAUGUUGCAGUAAAGAGCUUACGUAGUUUCAUCUUUGAAUUUAAAAUUUAAAAGAUAAGAAUUGAGCUAUCUAUAUAACCUGUAUUCAUUUUAAUUUUGCUAUACCUUUACCUUU